AUGAGUUCACCUCUUUCAUUCCACAACCAGCACAAUUCCAUGGAGAAACGAAAUAUUUUGGAGAAACAUCUUCUCCUGCGUUGCUAUGACUCUGAAAGUAUAAUUGAGCAACUUUUGGACACCCGUUACUCCCACGGUGGAGACCAGAAACCUGUCAUAGUGUUCAAGAAGACUUUCCCAGAGAAAGAGAAACAGAAGUCUAUACUACACCGAGAAAUUUCAGACAAGUCCCAGACCAUUACCAAACUGAGAAAACACAAUGCUCGCCUUCAACUCAGAAACUACAUCAAACAGACCACAAGCAAUCAAAAGAAGCUUGUCCACAAGAUCCAGAAACAUAAUCGAGAAUGUAUAGCCAAAUCUCAACAGAUUCCGUUUCCCAUUGAAGCCAUGUUGAAACGCUAUAGAAUACCUAGAUACGAAGACUUUAACAACCUCAGCCACUUGUGGCAGUCAUAUAUGGGCGACUUGUUGUUUAGUAAUGGAACCAUACCCACUAUGUCUGUUUUACUUCCAAAAUUGCUGAGUGCUGACUACACAGGUUGUCUAUUAACUGUUACGCAAUCUCGUAAUACAAAUAUGGUGGGAACCAGAGGCAUCGUAGUAGUAGAUGCACAAUUUUCGUUUAUUUUAUGUGUUCCACGUAGCGAAUUGUCCAAGGAAUGGAACGAGUCUAAAGAGAGUUUCACUCCGUCAGAAAUGGUGGGUGGCUUCAGAAUGGUUCCCAAGAAAGGAACCCUUUUUUCUUUCGAUGUAAUAGUACCGAAAAAGAUAUCCAUUGAAGAAGGAAAUGAAAAUAAUGCAGCUGAUAGUGAUGAUCAUGAUGACGAAUGCGUUGGGUUCACCUUGAUAGGGUCAAGGUUCGAAUUCCGUGCUGUAGAUAGAGCAGGUAAGAAGUUCAAGAGUCAUACUGUGGAUGACAUUUUAUAG